AUGCUGCAGACGCCGCCAGAGAGCCCGCCGCAUCAUCAUCGUCGCAGCGAGACGACUGCUUUGCUGGCCUUGGGCAGUGUGCACCAGCAUCACAUCAACAUUGAGACGGAACCACCAGACUGGGACUUGCAAGAGGGAAUUCGCUACUACUUUCAAGUCGUCUUGCCCGGUCGCAGCGCCGAGGUGCGCUCCGGAGGACACCCCGAAUUCCACGCCAAAACCUUUCACAACUCGCGCUUCAUCUCGCAGGUCAUCGGGGACCAGAUAUCACGCGCGUCCAAGGCCCGCGGCAUGCUCAUCCAGCCCGGCCACCACCCGGCGUUUGCGGGCGUCUGGACCACGUACUCGCGCUAUCUGAGCUCCAGCAUCACCAUUGUCAACCAGCACAUCCAGGACGCUGGCGGCGGUUGCGGCGGCGGCGGCGGCGGUGGCACCGAGUGGCGGCGCGUCCUCUACGGCAUCGACCAGCUGCUCGUGCUCGACAUAUACGUGGAGCGGUCGCAGUGGCAGGCGCAUCUUGGAGCGUUUUUUGAGUAUAUCCGACACCGAGGCGGCAUUGCGGCGAUGCUUGACCAGCCAGAACCGCCAUAUUACUGCCUAAAUCAUGUAUUGGCCAUCGCCAUCAACGUCAACACCACAAGCCCUGCGAGGCAGCAAGUCCAUGGCUUCGACGACUAUGCAGACCAUCAGCUCGUCUCCAUUCUCGAAUCCGCCUACAGCACCUCGAUGCAGUGCCCGACGGAGCUGUACAUUGCCAUGGUGCAUAUUUCCAGGCUACGCGCCUCUCUGGCCCAAAAGCAAAACGGCAAACUCGACAAGACAAAAGAAGUCGUCGUCGUCGUAGAGCAGCAGGUGCGGUGCAUAUUUGCAUCGAUAGCCCGCUUCGAUGCCGAUGACUGGGCAGCAGGGCCCGAGUUUAAAGACAAGAGGGACACGGUAGCCAAGGUUGGGCGCAUCUACGCCAUUGCGGUCCGGCUCUACGGCAUCAUGACGCUUCCGCCGUCGGCCGUUGCCUCGUGCGUGGGGCCGGCGUCGGGGUCGGAGUCGGGGUCGGGGUCGGGGUCGGGGGCGGAGCAGCCGGCCGCCACACACAGCAGCGGCACGCUGAUGAGGGCCCAGCAGAGGGACGAGUUGCUGGCGCUCACGCGGCGGUCCUGGGACCAGCUCAGGCACACCACGUCGCUCUGCUGGCCGCUCAUUGUCGCGGGCGUGGCGCUGGCAGACGGCUCGCCAGAGGAUCAGGACUUUAUCGAAAGUUCGCUCCUGUCGAUUUGGAGCUUGCCAAACACGUCGGCCUGCUUCAUCACUGCGAUUCGAAAGUUGCGGCCUUUUUGGAAUUCGGGCAAAACUGGGUGGGAAGACUGCUUUGAUACGCCCCUCAUGUGUGUAGUGUAA